AUGCGAGGAAAAUCGGGUAUUGCGACAGAGUUGCCAACGCAGUGGAUGCAGGCGGUCGAAAGGGGAAAGGCGAACAAUCGGAGACUGCACCGAGUUGGGGAGCUCGCUGAUGUUGGAUUCUUUAGUGCCGUUUUUGAGGAUCACUGCGAGCUGAUCCAGUUUGCUGCACGGUUACGUGGUGGCCACUAA